CCUGAAAUGUUUUCUGCUUUGCAAUGGCACGAUGUCAAUACACCACUACUAAUCUCUGCCUGGUUAUUCCUUAUAAUUAUGGCCAGAAUUUUAUUCCAUCGAUCAAAUGUGUUGGCCAAGAUCUUUCCGGAAUCCGCCCUACUGAUUGUACUUGGACUAAUUGUCGGUCUAAUACUUGACAAAUUAUGGGUCAUGGACAUUUACUUACAUCCAGACCUUUUCUUUCUCUAUCUAUUACCACCUAUUGCACUUGAUGCCGGUUAUUUUCUGCCAAAUAACGCAUUUUUCACAAAUCUCGGAACCAUACUACUAUAUGCAGUUGUUGGUACUGUAUUCAACAUAAUCACAAUUGCUGGUGUUAUCUACGCGUUUGCACCACUCUAUGAAUGGUCCCUGCCAUUUAUCGAUAUCCUACUAUUUGCGACCCUGAUUUCGGCUGUCGACCCGGUCGCCGUACUUUCCGUAUUCGAGGAAAUCCAUGUCAAUCAACUGCUAUACAUUUGCGUCUUCGGUGAAUCACUGCUCAAUGACGCUGUUACAGUCGUGCUAUAUCAUUCACUCUCGUCCAUGGCGAAAAUCGGAAGUGAAAACUUGAUUCGAGAAGAUUUUGUUCAUGCAUUUAUUAAUUUUGCUAUGGUAUCUACUGGUGGCAUACUGAUUGGGCUCGUCUGGGUCUGUGUGACCGCAUUCGCAACAAAAUGGUCAUAUGACGUACCGAUUCUCCAACCACUGGUUUGCCUGUUUUUUCCGUAUUUGUCAUAUCUGAUUUCGGAAAGUGUUCAUAUGUCAGGAAUUCUUGCGAUUGUCACAUGCGGUCUCAUGAUGAAACCAUACAUUUCCGGUAAUUUGAAUGAAAAAGCAUUAACGACCGUGAAAUAUUUCCUGAAGACAUUGUCUUCGUGUUGUGAAGCGAUCAUUUUUGUCUUCCUUGGCCUGUCAACUUUUUCAAAGAAUCACACAUGGGAUUUGAUGUUCGCCCUGGUUACCGUUACAGCAUGCAUUUUUUGCAGGUUUAUCGGUGUGAUGAUUCUAACGUGGAUCGCUAAUGGAAAAAGAGUUCAAAAAAUUGGCUUGAUGGAUCAGGUGAUAAUGGGUUAUGGCGGUCUACGUGGAGCGAUCUGUUACGGUCUAGUGAUGACAUUAGAUAGGGAUGCAAUACCAGCCAAGGAUAUGUUGGUUUCGACUACGGUAGUGGUCAUUGUUGUGACCGUAUUCUUCCAGGUUUUUUUAUUUCUAUUUUUUGAAAAAUUCAAAUUAUUCAUGGUAGUCUGGGCAAAUUAUUUUAUGGACUAG